UCGGUUGGAAAAGAAAAAAGAAAAAGAAGCAGAAAAAAGAGCAAAGCCUCUCCUGUCGUCACAGACUGGUGCAGCAGCAGCAGACGGUUCCCUUCACGGAGACAGGAGAAGUGCAGCAGCAGCAGCAGCAGCCUCCCCCCUCUCUCUCCCAGCAUCUCCCCCAGCAGCGGAGCCGCGCAGCCCCGAUAAGAGCGGAGCCCCAGCCCGGUCCCCCCUCCGGCCAAAACAUGUCCGUGGGAAGUGACUUUGGAAACCCUUUAAGAAAAUUCAAACUUGUCUUUCUGGGAGAGCAGAGUGUUGGAAAAACAUCUCUGAUCACACGGUUCAUGUAUGACAGCUUUGACAACACGUAUCAGGCCACAAUUGGGAUUGACUUCCUGUCGAAAACCAUGUACUUGGAAGAUCGAACGCUCUCUCUCUCUGAACCCCAGGUGAGGUUGCAGCUCUGGGACACAGCAGGACAGGAGCGCUUCAGGAGCCUCAUCCCCAGUUAUAUACGAGACUCCACCGUGGCCGUCGUAGUCUAUGACAUUACAAAUGUCAAUUCAUUCCAACAGACGUCAAAAUGGAUUGAUGACGUGAGAACAGAGAGGGGAAGUGAUGUCAUCAUCAUGCUCGUUGGCAAUAAAACAGACUUGGCAGACAAGAGACAAAUCACCAUCGAGGAGGGUGAACAGAGGGCAAAGGAGCUGAACGUCAUGUUCAUCGAGACCAGCGCCAAGACGGGUUACAAUGUGAAACAGCUGUUUCGGCGUGUGGCAGCUGCUCUUCCAGGGAUGGAAAGUAUGCAAGAAACAAGCAAAGAAGGGAUGAUCGACAUCAAGCUGGACAAACCGCAGGAGCCCCAGACCACCGAAGGCGGCUGCUCCUGUUAAUGCUCGCCGUCUUUUAUGGAAAACAAAACACUCUCUACACCACCUGCUUGUUGUGUUGCUUCUCAUUGGUUAACCUGCGUUUGACUUUGCACGUUGAGGUCCUGGCCUCCUCACCCGGCCUCCGGUCAUCGGUUGGAACUAGCAAUAUGUGAAAUUGGGUCUGCUUUGUCAACAAAACUGCCUAAAAAAAAAAGAAAAAAAAAACUUAGUUCAAAAUCUAAAAAAGAUCCCCAUGUUGCUUCUGAGUAUACAUAUUUUAAUGUAAAAAAUGAAGUUUGCUUUCUUUCUUUUUGUAUAUUCAGGGAAAUGCCUCCGGAGGUUGUUUUUGUUUAAGGAAAAAAAACAAGCCAACUCUGUAUUUGAGAGCUUGGGAAGAUGACGUGUUCUUAUGGAUCCCACUAUUGGUGAGGUUAGACGACACAAAUCUGGACCCCAUCCGUGCCCAAAUCUAAAACGCAACAAACUCUUACUGAACUCCUCGUAAAUGGAAGUUCGUCCAUUUUUCAGUUGCAUAUCUCGACUUCACUAUCUGAGAGCUAUUUACCUACACACAGCUCCUGCCUGCAACCGUGCUGGGACCCCUACACCUGUACACCUGUACACCUUUACACCUGUAGACCUGUACACAUGUACACCUGUACAUCUGUACACUUGUACACCUGUACACCUUUACACAUGUACACCUGUACACCUGCAGUGUUGCAGGACAGGAUGAACGGCAACAUCCAGAGUAUUUAAUGCAUGCCUGGAUUUAAAGCACAGGUCCCGUCGACCCGUGUGCAUUAGUUUGGAAACAUACUUCGUAACAUUACAGUAGUGACUCGAUGCAUUCUGUCCAAGAUUUUUGUUUAAAAAAAAACAAAAAAAGACCCCAAAAAAAACACAAUUUGUCCUUCAGACUCGUGUGUACGUAGACUUGUGCUUUCUGUAUUGACACCAUGAGGUUGCCACUGCCGCGUGCAGCAUUCCCAUCACCGCUCUCCUCAGAGCCCGGCUUGUUUGGAGACUGUCGUAGGUUUCCCUCGACGUUGCGUUCCCCCCCCCCACGACAGCUCGUUGGUUUCUGCACACAGAAGCGAUGAAUCAAAGCCCCGGCCUCGUGCCACCCAGAAACACCCGUCCUGCGUGCAGACCUGCCGACGGGAACCCCGACGCUGUGAUCAAACAGACCCUUAACGUUGUAGAUGUGUUUCAUUCCUGACGAAAGACUAAUUUGCACAUGUUGACCUUUCAAGUUGUGAUGAAGUUAGGAGAAACUUCACCGUCAGUGUACAGCCACUCGAUGUAAAGACAUGUCUGAUUGUUCUAGAAACCGUCACGUAGUGCGUUUCCAUGGGGAUGCAGUUUCCGUUGCUGCUUCUGUUGAAACUGACUGCCGGAUUUUGACAUUAUGUAACGCUGUACCUGUGUUUGGCCUUUUGGUUUGACUUCUGUUACUGUUUCUUCAGAGCUGGGUGUGCUAACAUGCUGCUGGCGGAGUCGGCCGGCGUCCAGAACACUACUUUGUCUUUGAUGUUGAAAUCUUUCUUGCACUUUUUAAGAAUGUUUUAGAUUUAGAGUGACAAUGUAAGUCGAACAUUAAACACAAUUACGAACGAAUAAUCUUUACCUCCAGAACAUCUGGACUAAUGUGUCUUAGAGUAGAGUCAACCAUUUAGGAGUCAUUCACACAUGCUCAGACGGGCAGUACUCUUGUGAAACUAGUGAAACUUUCUAACCAACAUAAUGAACCAAAUAAUAACAACAAUGGACGAGACGAGAGCUGGACAAAGCGUCAAAGACUGCUUGAAAUGAUCACUUUUUGUGAGUUUGACAGACGACUUGAAGUUUGAUUGUGAGCUCUCUCUGUUGCUUAGCAACAUACGAUUUCAAAUCAGGCUCUUUCAGCUCUAAUUAAUGACCAGAAAUGAAUGCAAAGAGAGCUCCUUUUGGACAUUUGUUUUCUUAAAUGAGUCCAAAGUGAUUGAUCAGUAUCCAUUCACAUUUGUACACAUAUAUACGUGUAUGAAAGAGUCCUCCCUGGUUCUCCCGACGUUCCAGUCCAACAUUCCCUGGAAGUGGACCAAGUGAUGCAACAAAUAUCUUUGCAUGUUAUGGGAGAGAGGUCUCUCAGCCAUUUCCUGCAGGUUGGUGUGUGUGUGUGUGUGUGUGUGCGUGCGUGCGUGCGUGCGUGUGUGUGUGUGUGCGUGCGUGCGUGCGUGCGUGCGUGUGUGUGUGUGUGUGUGUGUGUGUGUGUGUGUGUGUGUGUGUGUUUGUCUACUGUCGGCUCUGUGCAGCAGACCUGAUCUGAUCUGGUUCUCCAUUCACAAUGUACAGAGAUCUAGCAUGUCUCUCCAACUGAUUAAUAAAGAUGUCUUAU